CCCCAGUGCAAGGCGGCCACGCCAAUUUCCAGGCUUUCUCUCCUUUUCCUUCUGCUCCCUCUGCCUCCGAGGCGGCUGCAAGCCCCCCGCGACCCUGGGCCGCCGGCCUGCAGGAUGAGGAACCCAGUACUGGAGGCGCUGUCCCUAUUGCUGGAGAAGCUGCUCCUCAUCUCCAACUUCAAGCUCUUCAGUUCGGGCGCCCCGAGCGAAAACAAGGCGAGGAACAGUUUCAGUGAGAUCAGCACUUUCCUGCGCGGCGACGUGCUGGAGGUGUCUCGGACGCACCUGACCCACUAUGGCAUCUACCUGGGCGACAACCGUGUCGCCCACAUGAUGCCCGACAUCCUGUUGGCCCUGACCGACGACAAGCGGCUCACGCAGAAGGUGGUCUCCAACAAGCGUCUCAUCCUGGGCGUCAUCGGCAGGGUGGCCAGCGUCCGCGUGGACACAGUGGAGGACUUCGCUUACGGAGCCGACAUCCUGGUCAAUCACCUGGACAAGUCCCUCAAGAGGCAGGCGCUGCUCAACGAAGAGGUGGCCCAGAGGGCGGAGAAGCUGCUGGGCUUGACUUCCUACAGCCUCCUGUGGAACAACUGUGAGCACUUCGUGACCUACUGCAGAUUUGGCACCCCGAUCAGCCCCCAGGCUGACAAGUUCUGUGAGAAUGUGAAGAUAAUCAUUCGCGAUCAGAGAAGUGUUCUUGCUUCAGCAAUCUUGGGAUUGGUGUCUAUAGUCUGUCUGGGCUUGGCAUCAUACACCACCCUUCCUGCAAUUUUUAUUCCCUUCUUCUUAUGGAUGGCUGGCUAACUUCAUAGCCCCGUGUCAGGGUGUGUAUUCUGUGUGUAAAUAUGUUUGUAUUUAUAGAGCACAAAUCAGUAUAAGCAUCGUUGAGAAAAAUGUGACCUGUAACACUGUGUUCUGGAUAAAAAUGUGAUUAAGAAUCACGCAAAGUGCUUACCGUGUAAGCCCAAGAACAAAGGCUUUCUCAAUCUUCUCAGAAAGUUACAUUUUAAAGCACUGGGCAGAUCUUGGAAACACGAUCACUUAAAAUAGAAUUCAUCACUACAAGGGAACCAGCCCCGAAGGUGAUGGCCACAGGAGAUUAUUUGUGUUUUUGUUUUUUUUCUUUCCUCCUGUAAUCCUUGCUCUUCUCGGUUAGGCCUGAAUUUGAAGAUUACAGGACUUCUUGAUUGAGAUCACUAACUUUAUUGUAAAUGUAUUCUGUUUCGUUGAAAAUCUUAUAUUAAACUAAAAGAAUGUUCCUCA